AUGAAUUGUAUCUUCAAUCCAUCCCUGCAGGAAACUUGUGUCGCAACUCACAAUGAGCCACAAAGAAAAUUGUUGGAGCAAAUUUUAGGUACUGUUUCUGGUGAUAAAGACUCUGGUUACGGUGUCAAGGUUCAGGAAUUGGGAGAAAGGUUGAAUGAAUUAUUGAAGGGAAAGAGAUAUUUAAUUGUCAUUUAUCAGAGAUUUGAUUUUGGGAUCUGGGUUGAUUUGAAGAAGUAUUUUCCAAAUGAUGUCAAUGGUAGCAAAAUUUUUGUGUUCCGUCCUUGUAGCUGUCCUGAUUCUCAAAAUGAGGAGGAUGGAUGGAAUCCAUUAGCAUCAGAGUUGCACUAG